CACACACACACACACACUGACGGACAGACAGACAGACAGGUUCAGACACACAGGCUGAGGCAGACGGACACACACACACACAGACAGACAGACAGGCAGGUGGAAGAGAGGCCGAGGCUGGACAUGUACACUGAGCUGUUAGCAUGAUCUGCACUGGAGGCUAACACACUAACACACACACACACACACACACAGAGCGAUGCAGAGCCUGAGGAUUCCUAUUGGACGGUACAGAUGUCGUCACACCUUUGAUUGACAGACAGCUCACCUGGUGGGCGGGGUCUGCAGGUGGUGGCGAUGUCAAAGAGAGGAACCGGUGGGCGGGCCAAGGGGGAGCGACCUGACGCCAUGGCAACUCUCCAAGCAGCCAAUGAGGAGCUGCGAGCCAAACUGACCGACAUCCAGAUAGAACUACAACAAGAAAAGAACAAGGUGAGUCGUCUGGAGAGAGAGAAGAGCCAGGAGCUGAAGGCGGAGCAUCACCGGGCCACGGUGGCCGUGACGGAGCUCCGAACCAAACUCCACGAGGAGAAGCAGAAGGAGCUGGCCGUCACCAGGGAGACGUUACUACGGCAACAUGAGAUGGAGCUGAUGAGGGUCAUCAAGAUCAAAGACGGAGAGAUUCAACGACUGAAUGGUCUGGUGUUGACGCUGAGGGACGGCUCCACUGACAAGGUGAGGGUCUCUCUGCUGGCGGAGGUGGAGGAGGCCAGGCGGAGCUGGGAGGCGGAGCGUUGCCGCCUUCAGCAGGAGGUCCAGGAGCUGCGAGGCGCCAAACGUGGCGCCGACGAGGCUCUGACGGCGGCUCAGCAGGCCUGCCAGGCCCGAGCGGCCGAACUCAGAUCAGCUCAUCACCAGCACCAGGAGGAGCUGAACCGCACCAAGAAGGACUGUGAACGGGAGAUCCGCCGACUGAUGGAUGAGAUCAAGCUGAAGGACAGAGCUGUCAGUGUAUUGGAUAAAGCCCUGGGGCUGCAGGCUGGCCACGCCCACCGCCUCCAGCUGCAGACUCAGGCAGCUGAGCAGCAAAUCGCAGCCCUCAGAGACGCUCAGAGGGUGGGGCUAAACCACACAGGACACGCCCCUAACACCGCACCUAACACGCCUACUCACAUUUCUCAGGACGACCGUGACACUCGGAGGUUUCAGUUAAAAAUCGCUGAACUGAGCGCAGUCGUCCGAAAACUAGAGGAUCGCAACGCUCUUCUGUCCGAAGAACGCAAUGAACUGCUGAAGAGGUUGCGAGAGGCCGAGAGUCAGUUCCUUCCUCUUCUGGACAAAAACAAACGUCUGAGUAAAAAGAACGAGGAGAUGGCGCUCGCGCUGCGUCGCCUCGACAACAAACUCCGUUUCGUCACGCAGGAGAACCUGGAGAUGGUAACUAUGAGGAGACCCAGCUCACUGAACGACCUGGACCGAAGCCACUCCUCCAGUUACCAUGGUUACAGCCAAGAGGACAGAGAGAUGGAGUUUCUACGGUUACAGGUUCUGGAACAGCAGCACAUCAUCGACGACCUGUCAAAGGCUCUGGAAACCGCUGGUUACGUGAAGAAUGUCAUCGAGCGAGACAUGUUACUGCGAUACCGACGUCAGGAAUCUGUGAGGAGGAAACGAACCUUCAGGGCCUGCAGGGUCAUAGAGACGUUUUAUGGGUACGAUGAAGAGGCGUCGGUGGACUCUGACGGCUCGUCCUUGUCGUUUCACACCGACCGAACCCCAGACACCGAACCAGAAGAAGGAUGUGCACGUGAGGAGGCGGAGCUACGUUACCGUCAGCUGACUCAAGAGUACCAGGCACUGCAGCGAGCGUACGCUUUGUUGACGGAAACAGCCGGAGGAAGCUUCGACGCCGAGAAGGAGAUCAAGACCAGAGAGCAGCUGCUGCUUGAAAUCAGUCGAUAUGAAACAACGGUUGCAGAUCUGGAGUCGGCACUGAAGCAGCAAGGCCUGGACGUGAAGUGGGUGGAGGAGAAGCAGGCGUUGUAUCAGAGGAACCAGGAGCUGGUGGAGAAGGUGAGACACAUGGAAGUUGAAGAGCUGCGGCUGAAGAACGACAUCCAGGACGCCAGAGACCAGAAUGAGCUGCUGGAGUUUCGGAUCUUAGAGCUUGAGGAGAGGGAACGCCGCUCGCCUGGCAUCAACUUCCAACAUCUCCAUUUCCCAGAAGGCCUGAGUCCUCUGCAGAUCUACUGUGAAGCAGAAGGAGUCACUGACAUUGUGAUCACUGAGUUGAUGAAGAAGCUGGACAUCCUGGGAGAUAACGCCAAUCUGUCCAAUGAGGAGCAGGUGGUGGUGAUCCACGCCCGGACGGUGCUCACACUGGCAGAAAAGUGGCUCGAAUCCAUCGAAAUGACAAAGUCGGCGCUGCAGCAGAAGAUGCUGGACAUUGAAAGUGAAAAGGACCUGUUCAGUAAACAGAAGGGGUACCUGGAUGAAGAGCUGGACUACAGGAAGCAGUCCAUGGACCAGGCUCAUAAGAGGAUCCUGGAGCUGGAGGCCAUGCUGUUCGAGGCUCUGCAGCAGGAGGAGAACGCUCGCAUGGAAGGACUGAAGAUGGACGACGGGCGACUGUCCGACACUCUGAGCGAGCAGGAGAGGGAGGGGCUUCGCAGGGCCAUGGACCAAUGGAAACGCACCGUCAUGUGUGAGCUGAGGGAGAGAGAUGCACAGAUUCUGAGAGAGAGGAUGGAGCUGCUGCACCUCAUGCAACAGAGGAACAAGGAGCUGGAGGAAUGUAUCGAAGCACAGAAACGACAGAUCAAGGAGCUGGAGGAAAAGUUUCUCUUUCUGUUUCUAUUCUUCUCUUUGGCCUUCAUCCUCUGGUCCUAACGUCAGUCUGGAUCAGACCAAGGACAGGACGGACCAGAUCCGGGUUCAACCAGCGGCCGCUCCCGCCACAUUCCCAGAAUCCCACUGGGCUGUUUUGACAGCCCACGUUCUGGGUGGGACUGUACUGGUGCUGGACUUCAGUGUUUCUAAUCCGUCCACUGGACCUGAGUGGACCUCAGCAGAAUCAGCCAAGUGGACCACAGGUUCACCUCCGUAGAAACACUUUAGACACUGUUCACAUGGAGAUUUGAUUGGUCUUCAGAUGAGUUAAAGGACCAGUCUGUAAGGUUUAGGACCAUCUACGAGCAGAACGCAGAUAUCGAAGCUCAAAGCAGCGAUGGGGGGGGGGUUUGUUCCAAGAUGGAGACGACUCUAGGUCCAGAUACAGAUCAAUGAGACUAGAAAUGGAAAACAUGGGAUAAAAACGAUAGAUUCCAACAAAAAUGGUGGACUUCCUGUUGGGUUUAGGGCUCUACAACGCUUUUAUACG